CAACCUCUGGAGGCGAAGUGGGGAGGCCGCCGGUCCGGGUGUCCUCGGCGGUUGGUCAGUGAGAGGCUGUGACAGCUGCAGUUGCUCCCCGCCCCCGAGGAUCCGACGUGCGUGGGGGAGAGGGGGAAGGUAAGGGAAGUAGGAAAAGACACCGAUCGCGUCUCUGCUCAGUUCUUGCAGGAUUGAGGCGAUCCCAGAGAGCAGCGGCAGGGAUAAGUCGCAGCGUGUGAGCUGCCGGAGUUCCCGCAGACAGGAAUCUGCCAUGGCUCAUGAAUCUCCCAAAAAUUCCGCAGCAGAAAUUCCAGUUACUAGUAAUGGAGAGCUUGAUGACUCUCAUGAACAUGGCUUUAAUAGGGAUUUGAAGCGUUCAUUACCAGCUGGACUUGGUCUUUCAGAAACCCAGAUUACAUCUCAUGGCUUUGAUAGUACCAAAGAAGGGGUUAUUGAAGCAGGAGCAUUUCAAGGUGGCCAGAGAACACAAGCAAAAAGUGGACCAGUUAUUCUAGCAGAUGAAAUUAAAAAUCCUGCAAUGGAAAAGUUAGAACUUGUUAGAAAAUGGAGCCUAAACACCUACAAGUGUACUCGGCAAAUUAUCUCUGAGAAGCUAGGCCGUGGCUCAAGAACUGUGGACCUUGAACUGGAAGCUCAAAUUGAUAUAUUAAGAGAUAACAAGAAAAAGUAUGAAAAUAUUUUAAGAUUGGCUCAGACGUUGUCCACCCAGCUUUUCCAGAUGGUGCAUACCCAAAGGCAACUUGGAGAUGCAUUUGCUGACCUGAGUUUGAAGUCACUAGAACUCCAUGAGGAAUUUGGCUAUAAUGCAGAUACCCAGAAGCUGCUGGCUAAAAAUGGAGAGACUCUUCUUGGUGCCAUCAAUUUUUUCAUCGCCAGUGUGAACACUUUGGUGAAUAAAACAAUUGAAGAUACAUUAAUGACUGUGAAACAGUAUGAAAGUGCCAGGAUUGAAUAUGAUGCCUAUCGUACUGAUUUAGAAGAACUGAAUCUUGGGCCACGUGAUGCAAACACUCUGCCAAAGAUUGAGCAGUCACAGCAUCUGUUCCAAGCACAUAAGGAAAAAUAUGACAAAAUGCGCAAUGAUGUUUCUAUCAAGUUGAAAUUUCUGGAAGAAAAUAAGGUUAAAGUGUUGCACAAUCAGCUGGUCCUUUUCCACAACGCCAUUGCCGCUUACUUUGCCGGGAAUCAGAAGCAGCUUGAACAGACACUUAAACAGUUCCAUAUCAAAUUGAAAACCCCUGGAGUGGAUGCCCCUUCUUGGCUUGAAGAACAGUAAUCACACCUGGGGAAAAAAAAGUCACCUUGUUCUAUUUCUAAACAAACCUAAUAAGAAGUAGGCAGAGUUGGGGGAAGUGGGGAGGGGUGACAACCAUUGUAAUGAUUUGUGCACAGACAGCUUUAAUUUUUCCCUUUUUCAUACUUUUACAAUUGAACUAUUAAAUUUGAUGGGAAAGUGGGUGGCUUUAAUGUAAACAUAAUUUCUAUAAUCUGGACACAAUUUUCUUUUUUGAGAAAUCCUUUUGUAUCGUGAGGGUUGGUGGAUAUUUCUGUAGUUUGAAAACAUCUAAUGUAGAUUUGCACUGACAAGAUAAAAAUUUGAGGGUUUCGGUCCUGGAAAUGAGGGCCAGUUGUAACUUUUCCAAAGGGAGGUUUACAUGAUUUGUAUCAACAUCAGAUAUUUUAUAUAAGAAUAUAUUAAACAUCUUUAAGAGUUUCAUUUUCAUGUAUUGUCUUAAAGAGAAAAGAAACUAUUUUGCAAAGUAAAAUUGUAUUCUGUUCCUGCAGCAUCCAUGCAGAGGCAGCAGCUCUAAUGAAUGGUUUGUGGAGUUGUGGCAAAUAACUUUUUAAAAAUGAAUCUGUACCAGUGUAAGUUUGUUUAAACUUUUUUUUACAGAUGCAGGAAACACAUUGUCAUUUAUGUGAGGCUUUUAAGCUUAUGAAUUUGCAUUACCCAAAGUUAUUGGGCAUUUAUGUUAGCAAUUUCUUUUGAUUCAUAAUGAAACCUGCUUAAGAAAAAAAAUUUUUUUUAACAGGUAGACUUGGGAUAAAGAUUCUCAAUGGUUUCUAGAGUAGAAAUCUGUACUUAGGAAGCUAGUUUUGGGGUAAACGUGAAUUCCUAGACAGCUUUCAUUAACUUUCCAAACCUAACUACACCGUUUAAGCCUUAAAUCACAAAUAUGUGCCUUCUCAGAUACAGUAAUUCUCAUUCAACCAAUGUACACAACCCAUAAAGAAACCCCUUUCAGAUAAUGUUUGAUGUGUCUGUUCCUUCCUUGGAAAAAAGCACUGUGUAUAAAUGUUGGGUUUCUUUGUGCUCAUUAAACCACAUGUGAAGUUUAUGAUGAAAUCAACUUUUGAGUUUGCUUUUUUGUUUUUUCUUUAUUCCUUUUGAGGAAUGGAAAAAGUGGGGCAGUUUUUCAUUUAGGUAUUGAAAAGGUAAUGUACGACAGUGCAUUGGUACCAGGAAAAAAGGAUUUUGGAAAGGCCAGUGGGGUUUUAGUUGCUGAGCAGUGUUGAUUAUAUGUCAUAUGGUUGGAUUGUCUGCUGUGUGGUUCUUUCAGUAAUGUAAUCCUAUUCAAUGUAAAGUUCUCUUAAUUUUUAUUAUAGACAUAAAUUAAUAUUUUGAGAGUUAUCUUUUCAUCUGUUCAUUUCUUUUGUGUUGAAAUGAAGUACUUAAAAUUACUGUUAUACAUGAACUUUGUGGACUGUAAGAUUUGUUAUAUAUGUUCAAAUGCCUUUUAGCUGGCUUUUUAAUUAAUAUACCUGUUUUCAGUGCUUAAUACAAUGUAAUGGGAUUGUAAAUCUUAAACCUAUUUUAAAUCAUUCCUUCCUGUAUAUUUGUAUUCUGAGAGAGCCUUAUUUUAUUCUUCCAGAAGAAUUACUACUUGUGAUAUAGUUCAUUUACAUUCCCCAGAAUGUGCCUCUGGUGUGAAUUUUGUACUCUUAUUAAAAGUGUUUGCUGCCAUAUCUUGU